AUGGCUAUUUUAAUAGCUUUCUCAGUCAAUGAAAAACUACGCAUGUUAUACACAGCAAAUUUUCUUUGUGCAUCACGUUAUUUCUUUAACAUUGAUGAUGCUGCUAGUCCUUGCCUUUUAGCUGCUGAUGAAGCAAACAAUGCUCCACAACCACCAGAAGGAGAGGAACCUUACAUAAAGAAACUUGUCCUCAAGGGAAAGAAAUAUGACCUCUAUGUUCACAGUUACUUGAAUUAUGGUAGAGAGGCAUUUCGUGCUGAGGUUUUGAAGGUCACUGAUGGUUCUGCUAACCCUUGUAUUUUAUAUGGCUUUGAUGGGACCUACACAUAUUCUGGAGAAGACUAUAAGGCCUUUGCUCCCAUUUCUGGGUCUAACUACCAUGAAUGCAGAAAGAUAGUUCUUCAAGCUCUCAAAGUGAACCAGUUUUGCCCCCACCGAAAUUGUAGUUUUGGAGGGAUAUGGGAUGGUGGAAAGGGAAGUGGACAAAACAUUCUUUUCGGCACUUCAUCUUUCUAUUAUCUGCCUUCGGAGAUUGGUAUUUUUAAUCCAAAUAAACCCAACUCCAAGAUUCAUUAUUUGGAUUUGAAGACUGAAGCAAAGAUAGCUUGUGAAACAACAUUUGAGGAUGCCAAAUACACUUAUCCACUUCUUGCAGCUGAUAGAAUUCCAUAUGUAUGCUUGGACCUUACAUACCAAUAUGCAUUGUUUACUGAUGGAUUUGGCUUAGAUCCAUUGCAAGAGAUCACAGUGGCAAAUAAAAUUGAAUAUCAGGAUGCACUUGUGGACGCAGCGUGGCCUUUAGGCACUGCCAUAGAAGCCAUAUCUUCAUUGCCUAAAUUUGAUCCAUUCAUGUAUUUUAUUUAAGCUUCUGCUAGCAUAUUUCAGUGUUAAAGGGCACUAUCAAAACCUACUGAAUAAAAUAUUAAAACAAAUAUUAAAACUUAAGUCAUUUCUUCACAGAAAGAAAUUGUUAGGUUUCUGGGUAGGAAACCCGCCCAGACAAACACUCACACACUCUGUAAUCACACACAAAUAACAAAAGAGUGGGAUUCUUUGUAUUCAACUGGGAAAAAUACACUAUACAGACACUCAACUGGUAGCCUAACCUUUCCCACAGGAUCAAAUGCUCCUGUCAAAGUCUAUAAUUGUCAAAAAUGUAUUUAAAACAAUACAAGAAUUCUAUUUACACAUUCCCAUUUCCCGUCUUUCUUAACUGUCAAGGCUUCUUCUCUCAUAUACUCUCCAUUUCCUAACAUUACUUCCCGCCUCAUCUUCAACCUUGUCUUCAAAGUUAAAUUCUGGAUAUUGGUCCUGUAUUGUUAUUCUGUCUUCCCACGUUGCCCCUUCUCUUCCUCUUUCUUGUCAUUCUACCAGUAUUUGUUGGACCAGCUCUUCUCCUUGUUGCACUUGUCUUCUCUCCAAAAUUCUCACUGGCCAGAAAGUGGGUCCUUCUACUUGUAGUUCUAGUGCUAGUUCCUUUUCUACAUGUUUCACCCCACUGCCUUUUUGAGCUAGGAUACAUGGAACACAAGGUGUAUCCUACCUGUUUCUGGUAACUAAAGCUUAUAGGUCACUUCCCCCACUUGCUGCACAACUUGAAAAGGUCCAAAAUAAUGAGUUGAUAAUUUCGAGUGCAAUCUGAAUGGCAUAGAAAAUUGCUCAUGAGGCCUUAUCUUUAGGUAGACCUAAUCCCCCACCUUGACAUUCGCUAGCUUCCUCCUUUUGUUUGAAUGCUUUGUCAUCAAAUUCUGGGCUCUAUUCGAAUGAAACUUUGAGGGCUUCAUCCCUUGUUUACAAUUCUUGGGUAACUGCUUUAACAAGAGUUUCUCCCGGUAUGAAUCCGCUUAGAGAAGGGGAGCCCUGCCAUAUAUUGUCUCAAAGGGAAUGCAUUUGGUCGUGUCUUGAUAGUUGGUAUUAUACCAAUACUCAGCCCAUGGUAACAUCAUACUCCAACUCUUUGGUUGCUCAUAACAGAAACACCUUAAGUAAUCCAACACAAUCCGGUUUAGCACUUCAGUUUGACUGUCUGACUCGGGAUGAUAAGUGGUACUCAUCUUCAGUUGAGUCACCUGAAUUUUAAACAGUUCUCUCCAGAAGGUACUAAAAAACAAAGGGUCAUAGUCACUGAUAAUGGAAACUGAAACCCUAUGCAAGCGAACUAUCUCCUUAACAAAAACCUCUACCACCGUCCGAGCUAAAUAAAGGUGUUUAAGUGGUAGAAAGUGCCCAUAUUUGCUUAGGCAGUCGACCACUACCAAUAUUGCAUCAUAACCCUGGGAAUUUGGCAGUUUCACAAUGAAUUUCAUACUCAUUUCUUCCCAAACAGCCUGCGGCAUGGGCAACGAUUGUAAUAGCCUCUGGGGAGACACUGCCAGGUAUUGUUACCAAUGAUGAGCAUUGGUAAAACUUGAAGAUAAUGAUUUUGAUGAUGCUACAAGAAGAUUAACUUGAAGAAGAUAUUAGAAUUUAUUUCAAAAGCACUUUAUAGAGUAUAAGAGUAUUAGGAAUGUCUUUAAAUAUGUAAAACUUGUGCUUUUGGUACUGUCACGUACCAAUAAUCGAUUAUCCUGAGUUUUUCUGAAAAACCAUUUUGCUCUGGAAUAAUCAAUUAUCACUCCAAAUAAUCGAUUAUCACAAAUCUGUUUUGAAAACUGCCCAAGUUAUUUUGAAAAACCUGUAACGGCUUGAAUAAUCGAUUAUCACUUACAAUAAUCGAUUAUUACUGGCAGUUGUAAAGUGACCUUUCGUAUUCGGGCUAUCUGCCUAUAAAUAGAUGGUCUGAGAACUUCAGAAAUAACUUUUGAACUUAGAGCUUUUGCAAAAUACAGUUUGUAUGAGGAAGUUCUCAAAAGCUAGUUCAAGUCCCUUGCCUAGUUUCUUAUAAGGACAUAUUUUACCAUGAUUUCAGUAAUGAAUUAAGAGAAAAUAUCAACUUUUCCUUUAUCCUUUACCUUGUAAAUCCUAGUUUUCUCUUAGUUUGUUAAGUGGUUGCACUUUAAACUUUAACGGAAUAUUUUGAUCAUUAAUCCCUACUUUUAUAUGCUUAAAGUAGUUGGAAGAAGUCUGUGCAUCAAAUGAAGGCACUGGAACCCAAAGAAAGUAAGAAAAAAUAGCCAAAAAGGUGAAUUAUGGGAUGUUGUCGCUGAGCUGCCGCUUGAGCGAUGACGACGCUGAUGCAACCAAAUUGUGGCGCCUAGGCGCCCUUUGCCUCGCAUUUUUAGCCUGAAGCUAGCACCCAGGCACCCCUGAAGGGGGCUGAGCGUCCUUUGCUUCGCUGUUUAUGCUUAAUCUUGGUGCCCGGGCGUCCAAGGAAAGGGGGCUAAGCGCGACUUUUUGCUGACAUGGCACCCUAGACCUAUUUAAGGCUCACAUGCAACGAGGGUGUCAUCUUCUUGGCGGUUGAAGAUCGAAAACACCCCUUUGGACCUGUGGGAGCUGACUUUGGGCAGUGGGAACUCUCAUUUCUCCUUCCUUGGGUCUUCAUCUCUUCCAUUUUCUUCCAUUGUAAGCUCAAGCUCUCCAUGACUAUGGAGAGCUAAGUUCUUUUUGUUGGGGACUGAUGUAAACUAUGAAACUCUUUUGUAAAUGAACUUGUUUUAAAUGAAUAUAAGCUUCUUUCAUUA